AUGGUCAACAGAAGGGGACCAAGGAAGCAAAGAGUCUGUCCCUGGUGCUCGCAGAAUUUCACCAAGGAUGAGCAUCUUGCAAGGCAUAUUCGCAGCCACACGAAAGAGCGGCCGUUUUCUUGCUCGGCCUGCAACAAGUCGUUUACGAGACACUCUCAAAGAUCUGCUAUAGGAGAACAUUCCAACAGAGGCUCUCAUUUAGAUGUUGGUCUUUCUACAUCGUCCUUAACUCAGUCGACCCCGUCAGUGCAGGAGUCACAACCCCCUAAUUCCCUGUCGUGCGACUAUGAACCACUCGGGCUAGGGGAAAUCUCCAGCUGGGUUGGGCUAAACCCGGCCCAACCUAUGGAUAACAGUAAUCAUGUAGAACUAGCACCAAACAGUCUCGACAGAUUAGAAGCAACCGACAUUGGUGCGGCCAAUCCCUGGGCAAUCAGUGCUAGGCAUCAGAUUCCCGGUUGGAUGGUGAGCGAGGACUUUGAUAUGAGCGCUCUUAAUGCAUAUAUACCAUCUUCAGGGGCUUAUUUAGACACACAAAUUUGGCCAAUGAACAGUGGCAGAGCUUCUCAGAUGGAGAAUAAUGUUAUUAUUGGGAGUCCCUCUGACAUGAUCCCACAGCCCAGGGAAGAGUACAUUCGACAACAAUGGUUUACGUUUAUAGGACCCGAGCAGAGCGGACAUAUUACUCCAGAAACACCCAAUGAGCCCACCAGUGUUGACGAGAGCUACCGGGAGGGUUUGUCUCGUGAACUUCAGCAACGCAUAAACAACGAACCACUUCCAUCCACUGACUUUUUGUGGGAAUCUUAUCUUGUUCGAGGAGCACCGGAUGCCCUAGCAAUGACCCAAGCCAUCUUGAUAGGACAGACUUUUGGCAUGCUUUCAGGCAAUCCAAGACAUCUUGUACUCGUCCAGAUGUUCCAUGGAACAGUGAUAGCAUGGGCUCGAAGACAAAACAUAUUCGAUCGAGUCACUUCAAUCGAUGUUUCUCCGGCGUCGGUGAAAUCUGAUCUUGAAGGCUCCUGGAGACGAUGGAUACACAACGAGGAAAAAAGACGAGUUGCAGCCGGCCUUCGAAUCUAUGAUGGUGAGCUUGCGGAGCUAUUCAUGACGGAGCCUUUCCUACGAAGUUCACCGUCUAGAGAAUCGCCAGUUGCAACCGAUGAUCUCUGGACGGCACAGACAUCCACUGAAUGGGCUCAUAUUGUCGAGGAGCGUAGCCGCCUGGGAUCUGCUCAAUUGGCAUAUGGACAAGAUUUGGACAACAGCAUAUCGGGAAUAUCGUCACCUCAUUACUCCUCAUUUGCGUUGUAUAGCCUCCUUGGAAGGAAAAUAAGUUACAUAAUGGACCAGGAGAGUGUGCAGCAGCCACCUAAAGAGGUUAUACCGUCUCUGAUAUUGAUCUAUAAUGAUUGUCUCCGUCAGCAGACGCAGCCGGACGAUUUCAGUUUGGGAGCACUCUGGCAUUCCAUUUUCAUAUUGUUGCAUUGCAACAUGGACAAAUUCGAAUGUGCCAUUGGCCGUGAAGGAUUUGACAAGGCGCAAGAAAAUCGCUUAUACGCCACUAGAUGGGCAUCCUCGAUGGAUGGCCAUCGAUGUGCCAUCCACGCCGCGCUGAUUCUGCAACGUCUGCAGCGAAUUCCGGUUGGACAAGAGCCUGCUAUUCACGUGCCGCGUGUGCUAUAUCGUGCGUGUUUAGUUUGCAUGUCAAAGGGCCCCAAGAUACUUGAGUGCGCACUAAGCUACGAAUGUUGUCGCCUGUCAACCUCUUGGGUGGCUGAUAACUUUAUUCCAACAAAUACAUCAUUUUUCAUGAGAAUGGAGUUCGAGGAGCGUAUUGACGUCCAUGCUCAUGCCCUGCCACCAUUUUAUCGCGAAGCAUGCAUCAAUGCCGGCCAUGCGCAGCCAGAUGGCAUGCCGAAGCUCCCAGACUGGGACGUUGAAAGCCACCUCAGCCUUAUGAAGAAAUUGAACAUUAGCAAGUCUAUUCUGUCCAUCAGCUCUCCCGGUUCCCAUCUCACCGAAGGCAACAACGAAGCUGCACGCAGUCUCACUCGAUCGUGCAACAACUAUAUGGCAGAUUUGGUCUCAGUAUACCCUUCUCAGCUGGGAUACUGGGCAUCCUUACCGCUCCCAGAUGUUGAAGGCAGUUUGGAAGAAAUUGCACACACAUCUGGCAAGGCUAAUGGCGUCACGCUCAAGACUAAUUACUAUGGAAUAUAUCUCGGUGAUAACAAAUUCGACGCUAUCUUUGAAGAACUGAACAGAAGACAUGCAAAGGUCUUUAUACACCCGACUACUCCAUGUGUGAGGCAGCAUACACGCAAAGAUGGUCGUAGCAUGGAGACCGUAGCAGCCACCCCAUUAACACAAUUCGCAAAUCCAAUAUUUGAAUUCAUGUUUGACACUGCUCGGGCACUUAUGAAUCUUUUUAUUUCUGGCACCAUUGCACGCUGUCCCAAUGUCACCUUCAUUACACCGCAUGCGGGCGGUGCUCUUCUGCCCAUGAUUGAGCGAUUCACCUCCCUAGGACGCAUGAUAGGAGGCCCGGGUCAGGAUCUGUCAAGUCAAAUAAUAAAAGAUACAUUUGCGCGACAAUUUUAUUUUGACCUUGCUGGCUUCCCAUUUCCGGAUCAAGUUCGUGAAUUGUUGUUGUACGUCAAGACGGAUAGACUGCUGUACGGAUCUGAUUAUCCCUUCACGCCGGAAAAGUUUGUCUUGGACUUGGCCGGGAUCAUGAAAAAGGAGAUGGGAGGGAUGUGGAAGGAGGAGGAGAGGACGAUGAUACUGUUGGGAAAUGCUAGGAGGUUAUUGUCGUGA